AUGGACAGUUUCAAUCCACUGUCCUACUUCUUCUUCCUUUUCCUUGCCUCUGCCUCUUUAUGCUCAGCCAACAUCGCCGACUUCGACGAAACCUGGCAAAAACGUGCCGAGAUCGCCAAAGCUAAAGCCAAUGCCGCCUAUGUCUCUAACCCUGAAACCAUCACCAACAGCUUCAACACUGACGUCCUCAAUGAUUCAGGUAACACUACAAGAAGAUACUUGAGAGGUGGACAUCGCAAAGGUGGUCCAUGCCGAGCCACCAAUCCGAUAGAUCGCUGCUGGAGAUGCCGCCGCAACUGGCGCAAUCACAGAAAGAUUCUCGCCAAAUGUGCCAAGGGCUUCGGCCACAAAACCACCGGCGGUCUCCGUGGUAGAAUCUACGUCGUCACUGACUCUUCCGACGAUGAUCUUCUCAAUCCCAAGCCCGGCACUCUCCGAUGGGGUGUUAUUCAGACUGAACCUCUUUGGAUCAUCUUCGAACGUGACAUGGUCAUUCGUCUCACUCAAGAACUUAUCAUGGCUAGUCACAAGACAAUCGACGGCCGUGGUGUCAAUGUCCACAUUGCUCACGGUGCCGGCAUCACCAUUCAAUUCAUUGAGAACAUCAUCAUCCACAAUGUCCACAUUCACGACAUUAAAACCGGUGAAGGUGGCCUUAUUCGUGACUCACUGAGUCAUUACGGUCUCCGCACUCGUAGUGACGGUGAUGGUAUCUCCAUCUUCGGUGCGUCCAACAUUUGGAUCGACCAUGUUUCGAUGUACAACUGCAUGGAUGGGCUCAUUGAUGCUAUCAUGGGUUCCACUGCUAUUACCAUUUCCAACAGCCACUUCACACGUCACAAUGAUUGCUUGUUGUUUGGUGCCAGUGAUUCCUUCUCCGGCGACUCCCUUAUGCAAAUCACUGUCGCUUUUAACCACUUUGGCAAGGGCCUUGUUCAGAGGAUGCCAAGAGUAAGGUGGGGUUUUGUGCACGUUGUGAACAAUGACUACACACACUGGCUCAUGUAUGCAAUUGGAGGGAGCCAGCACCCAACCAUCAUCAGCCAAGGAAACCGCUUCAUUGCCCCACACAACCCUAAUGCCAAAGAGAUAACAAAGAGGGACUACUUUCCACCGGAAGUGUGGAAACAAUGGGUGUGGAAAUCAGAGGGAGAUUUGAUGAUGAAUGGAGCAUUCUUUGUAGAAUCAGGGCCAAGAAAUACAAGGAGCUUUAGCAGGAAGGACAUAAUCAAGGCGAAGCCAGGAACCUUUGUCAAGCGUCUUACACGCUACUCAGGAACUCUUAUCUGCAAGCCUAACAAGCCCUGCUGAGUU